UCGAGUCAGUUGCAGAAAAGGAAGAGAAUUCCUUCACUCUUUAUGCCUCUUAUAUUUUGAUUUCCUUGAGGCGAGAAAGGUAGGAGGAUAAGGGAAUUGACGUCCGUGGUCCAGAAGUGAUUCAAGGGCUCUGCGCCACUGCUCAAGCGGAGUCUCUGAGGUACAAGCUUCUCGGAUGCCUUGCAGUUCGAAGGGCUGCUAUGGUGUACUCCGAUUUGUCAUGGAAAGCAGGGCUAAAGGUUGUGAGGUUAUAGUGAGUGGAAAGCUUAGGGCUCAGCGUGCUAAGUCCAUGAAAUUCAAGGACGGCUACAUGAUCUCCUCUGGACAGCCAGUUGAGGAAUACAUUGAUUCAGCUGUGAGGCAUGUUCUGCUUAGGCAGGGAGUUCUUGGCAUAAAGGUGAAGAUCAUGCUAGAUUGGGAGCCGAAAGGGAAGCAGGGCCCCAAGACUCCAUUGCCUGAUCUUGUCACAAUCCACGCCCCCAAGGAUGAAGAGGAGUUCAUGACUCAUGAGGCCCGCUCUCGUGCCCCCCGAAAUUUCAUUCUCCAAUGAAUUUUGAGAUGAUUCAUGUCCUAGAUUUAGGCAUUGAAUAAUGUUGAGUUUUUUUUUAUUCAUUUAUUUUUUUGGUGUUAUUUUUGAUAGGAGAAGUAGAAGGUAGGAUACCACGGUGAUUUAUCACCACGUCUCUGUAAUUGCAGUGAUGUGGUAUCUUUUUUGCUACCAUUAGCUUAUAUUUUUCAUCUAAAUUUAUUUGUAGAGCUCUCUUGGUUUGCUUC